AUGCCACAAGUCCUCUUCGCCGGCUACAAAGUACCGCACCCGCUACAGCCGCAUUUCCUUAUCAAAGUGCAGACGGAUGGGUCCGUCACGCCUGCGGUGAUUCUGGAGCAGGCGUGCACGAAGCUCAUCGGCACGCUUGCGUCGCUCGAGACGAAGUUCAAGCGGGAGUUUACGUUCCGAGACGUGGACGGCGCCGUCGCGGAGGACGCGUAUGGCACCGUUACGACGGGAGGUGCGGGGUGGACCGAAGGCAGGGACUAUCUGGACUUCUAG